GGUGCUGUUUCUAGGGUUUUCCUUGCCAGAUGCGCGCUACUAUGUAGCCUACGCUUACGCGGUCUCAGCUCCGCAGUUGUUACGCAGACAGGCGUUUCUGCAGCACCACAAAAGGUCCCUACCUUUCGCAAGAAAGCAGCGGAGGAAAUCGGCGUACUACAAAAACCUACGUUUGUGUGCACGCUUCGGCAUUCCCUCUAAUAUGGCCCUGACUCUUACGAAUCCGGAAAUGAAAUUAAAUGUAGAGCAGCUUGUGGACUUGAUGAGAACCAGGACACGACCUGGCUAUCACAUAUUUUACCAGGGUGAUGGUGCAUCAACGACCAAUGAAUAUAUGUUCGGAUUACCGGGUCACCCCGUUAGCGGCAAUGCAGAAAUUGCAGUGGCAAUGGAGAUUCCCCUAGGGUUUCAAACAUUCGAGUUCAAGUUUGACUACAGCGAAGGAAAUAACCACAUACACUACAAGUUCCCAAGGAGUCCAGGCAGCAAGGAAGCUUUUGCGAUUGUGCAGUACAACCAAAAAGACAAUCCGAUCGAGGUCGCGGCCAGUGAUGCAAUGAUUUUUCCUGGUGUGCAUGUGCUGCGGAUCAGGGUCUCUGAUGACGAUCAGAGCGUGCAGUUCUAUACGGACAGUGCGCAACUUUUUCAAGACACUGUUUACAACGUCGAAAAUACCGACGUGGUUAGGAUCAAGAAUGAUAACGGACGAGUCUUCGAGGCACACUACGUGGCUGACAAUGACAGCGACGUUUUCGAAUCCGAAGGUGGCAAUGAUCCUAAUUAUGCACCUGGGCUUACUCCAGGAAGCUUCGUGUCAGUCUCGGGAUCAGUAGCUUUUUCGACUACUACAAGUUUCAUGAUAUUAGAAAGAAGUAAGUUGGACAAGACUAACAAAAACCCAAGUGUAACUGAGAAAUACAAAAUACACUACCCGGCCGAUACUCAAGAUCUUUUCUACUACGUGAAGUUUUUCAAGAACUACCUCAUCAUUGACGGAGGACAGGGCAUGCAAGUGAUCAAGCAUAAUUUUAAGGCACCUCAGGACUACUUCCCGACAGAUUUGUAUACCAAAGACGUGAUAGUUGUUUUGAUGUAACGUGGCAAAUAGAUACCUGCGUUCAAGACGUCAUAACGCUGCCUUCUACACGAGUUCUUCCUUACCAUGUAAUAAAGAUUAAUUGCCUUCAGUA